AUGCUCUACACCCACGCAACAAUUAUCACGGUCGAUGCAACCCGUCGUAUCAUCAAUGACGGUGCCAUCCGCGUACAAAAUGACCUGAUCGCAGAUAUCGGCAAGGCUGCCGUUCUGCGUGCCAAAUACUCCGAUGACGAGGAGUAUGAUCUUACUGGGCGGAUAGUCAUUCCGGGCCUCAUUUCUACCCACAUGCACACAGCUCAGACGUUGCUUCGGGGGACUGCCGAUGACCUCGAGCUGGUGUCAUGGCUGUGCGAGCGGAUCUGGGUGCUACAGGGACAUUUCACGACGGAAGACGGAUAUGCCGCCGCGCGAUUGAGUAUCGGAGAGAUGUUGAAGUCGGGGACAACCUGCUUCUUGGAGAGUAUGUUUGCGGACCGUUACGGAUUUGAUGGUCUUGCUCGGGCAGUCGAGGAAAGCGGUAUCCGUGGCUGUUUGGGCAAGAUUGUCAUGGAUAUUGCACGGUAUGCUAAGGACGAUGCUUGGGCCAUGCAUCCUGGGUUAGUUGAAGAUAGAGAGACAUCGUUGUUGGGCACUGUAAGCAUGUGGGAGAAGUGGAAUGGUAAGGCGAAUGAUCGGAUUCGCGUGUGGUUUGGUGCUCGCACGCCCGGAGGGGUAUCAAAUGAUCUAUACCGUGAGAUGACAGACUUAUCUCGGGAAAAAGGCAUCCCGGUUACCAUGCAUUGUGCCGAGGUCCGCGCCGACUGUGACUUCUUCACAUCGAUUGGUCAUACCCCCAUGUCCUACUGCGACUCGGUGGGCCUGCUCUCGCCAUCGACCGUGCUGGUACACAUGGUUCACCUAGAUGAUGAUGACAUCACUCGGCUCGCAGCUUCAGGAACGCAUGUUGCCCAUUGUCCAACCUCCAACGCCAAGCUUGCAUCAGGGGUUUGCCGUGUGCCAGACUUGCAGCGGGCUGGGGUGAAUAUUGGUCUAGGCACCGACGGCGCUCCCUGUAACAACACAUGUGACCUCCUGCAGGAGAUGAAGCUAGCGGGUAUUAUCCACAAGAGCAUAUCGUACGAUCCCACCGCGGUGCCUGCCGAAUGUGUCCUAGAGAUGGCAACAAUCAAUGGUGCCCGGGCUUUGGGGUUAGAUGGUCGGAUUGGUAGUCUAGAGAUUGGCAAGAAAGCAGAUUUUGUGGCUAUCGAUACUCGUCGCAUUCACUUACAACCCUGGUUCAGCCCCGUCAGCGCGGUCGUCUACACCGCUACUGGUCGAGACGUCGAUAUUGUAGUCGUGGAUGGGAAAAUGUUAGUGUGCGGUGGGGAACUGAUAACCAUGGACGAACAGGAGAUAGUGCGCGACGCCCAGAGAAGAAGCCAGGAGGUAGUAGCCAGAGCCGGACUUGCGGAACGAGUAGCGGCCCGAUGGCCUGUGGAAUGA